AUGACUGACAUUGAACCUUACCGUUUUGAGCCUGAGCGUAGAGUAGUUGAUGAUUCUUCGAGUACGGAAGAUGCAGAUAGUACGGAAAAUCUAGACGGCGAUAACGGAAGAGAAUCAACUGAAGAUGGAGAGAGAGUGGGCAACACGGAGUGGUGUAGCUGUGGAACGUGUGGUAUCAUGCCUACCGGUAAAGAAUGCCUUUGUUGCCAAGAAAUAGACGAACUAGACUGGAUGUUGCAUGGUUUACGUUGCAUCACUCAGCACGAAGAUUUUGCUUCUGUGUGCCUAAAUGGAGGGGUGCUGCGCACAGCGGUGGUGGCAAUGGUUGACGUGAGACAGAAUUCUAUCACGGAGCCACUAACGUGCAGGUUGCUGAAGUUGACAUCUUACCGGCAGUUUACAUACUGGGUACACAGGAAAAUGGGCAGGGAAGUGAGAAGAGUGAUACUAUCAUGUGUUGUGACUUCUAUCAGAGGGCACUUUCCUGAAGAAACUGGGGAAUAUAUUGGAUUUCAAGAAAGUUGUGAUGGGCCACCGUGGCCAGUGUAAAGUUUCAGCUAGCUAGUAUCAGAAUCUGCUUUUGCAG